GAUAUGGAUGUGGAGAACCAGACACGAGUCACCAAGUUCAUUCUGGUGGGGUUUCCUGGGAGCUUGGGCAUGAGAGCAGCUGUGUUCCUGAUGUUUCUUGUGGCCUAUAUUCUGACUGUAGCUGAAAACGUGAUCAUCAUCCUACUGGUGCAGCAGAACCGCCCACUACACAAGCCUAUGUACUUCUUCCUCGCCAACCUGUCUUUCUUGGAGACCUGGUACAUCUCUGUGACUGUGCCCAAGCUUCUGUUCAGCUUCUGGUCCAUGAGUAAUGGCAUCUCCUUCACUCACUGUAUGAUUCAGCUUUACUUCUUCAUUGCACUUAUGUGUACAGAAUGCGUUCUCUUAGCUGCGAUGGCCUAUGACCGUUAUGUGGCAAUCUGUCGCCCGUUGCACUACCCCACCAUCAUGAGUCAUGGACUCUGUUUCCGCCUAGCUCUUGGUUCCUGGGUCAUUGGCUUUGGUAUCUCUUUGGCAAAGAUCUACUUCAUCUCUCGCCUCAGCUUCUGUGGCCCCAAUGUCAUCAACCACUUUUUCUGUGACAUCUCACCAGUUCUUAACCUCUCCUGCACAGACAUGUCCAUUGCUGAGCUGGUGGACUUUGUCUUGGCUCUGGUCAUCUUCCUCUUCCCACUGUCAAUCACUGUUUUAUCAUAUGGAUGUAUUCUGGCCACUGUGUUACGCAUGCCAACAGGAAAGCAGAAAGCCUUUUCCACCUGUGCUUCCCACCUUGUGGUGGUUACCAUCUUCUACUCAGCCACUAUUUUUAUGUAUGCCCGACCCCGAGCUAUCCACGCCUUCAACAUGAACAAAGUUAUUUCUAUCUUCUAUGCCAUUGUGACCCCAGCCCUCAAUCCUUUCAUUUAUUGCCUAAGGAACCGAGAAGUCAAAGAAGCUCUAAAGAAAUUGAUCUAUUGCCAGGCCAUCCGAUCUGACUAG